UCGCGCAUGCGCAGUUGCGCACACAUUUAAAUUACAUUCUCCGCGAGAAUUUGGCGGGCAACAAUACGAUUGAAUAAAAUCGAUUCGGUUCGUCUGAUUUGAAUUAAAAACUUUACAUCGUGCCAUAAGUGUGGGUCAUUUAAAUAAAAUUUUUACAGCAUUCGGAAAAUGAAACCACAGAGCUAUUUAUGUAAAAGCGCGUACAUCGUAAUAUUGUACGGUGUCAUUCAAGCUACCCAUGGCGUACCGGGAACACAGUUCGCGUCCCACGUCAGUUUUAACACGCCAUCACGUAGCUUCGCUCAUGGGGUCGGCGACCCCAUACCAGUGUUCGACCGACGGGCCCACCAGCGGCACACGCAGAAUCCGCCCAUAAAGAGGUUGCGAAGGCCGGCGACGCGAUCGCCUGCCGGAUACCCGCGACAGAAGCCCACGAUACCCUUCCAGGCCGAGGAGGUCCCGCACGGGCAGACGAUCGGGACGCCUUGGCAAUAUAAUAGCUACAUGAGUGUCCCGAUACAAGUGCUGCCUCCGUCGCCGUACAAAGUGGACUCGCCCGACCCCGAGUCUCUGUGGCCGGUCGGACUGUUCCUGCCGCCCCUCACUCCUCUGCGCUUCGGGCCCCUCCGCCGGUCUGGUUCUGACAGCGGCGACGAUAAGAAUUCUGAAGAUCCCUACCUGCUGGAAGGCUCCGAAGCCAUAGCAGCUGUUGCAAAAUCGACUCGCCACGGCCUUCUGUACUUCCAUGAUAUCCCGCAUAUUAAUUCGCUGCUCGCAAAUCAAGAAUUACGAAUUCAAAACAACCUCAAGCCUCAUCGAAUCGCAAGCAUACGACAGACUUGGCCGUACAACAGACCUUAGGAUAAAAAUAAAAAAAAUAUAUAUAUAUUGUUUAUG